AUGACAGCAAAACCAGAAUCCGACUUUGCUACUCAACCUUCCACUCCAAGACACAAUCCAAGAAAUGCUUUCAUCUCAACACCUGACUACACUCCCCCUUCAUUGUCCCCCUCUCCUCUCUUCAGAUUCUCGGCAAAUAUUACAUCUGAAUCAGAUCCAUUCAUCUCAGGUCUCGGUGCAUCAUCAACUACGAAAUCUAUAUCAAGUAAUGACUCUGUAGCUUCGCUUCUUGGAUCGAACAAUGGUCCUUCCUUCAGCAAUCUAUCUUUAUCUAACACUUCCAUUCUCCCUCGCGAUCGCUACGAUCUGACUAUCACUCGGAAUCCUAUCCAUCCCCACAAUCAUAAAUUAAAUCUCGAAUCCGAGGACUUACGCGCAUACUAUCAAACCCUCCAAUUCUACCGAAAAUGGACUUCUCAUUUGAUUUCUCACCUCACUGGUAUCCCUAUAAUGCGCAAUCUAACAUCCACUUCUCCGGAUAAUUUCAUCACUAUACACUCUCCUUCCCGCAAUCACUCUCUCAAGCACGAUGACCCUCAACUUUUCCCUCCUCGAGCUGACUACCCCAAUGAACUCACAAUCCUCACUCGCCAAAAGAAUCCAAUCCAAGAAAAUGAUCUCGCUACUUCCAUUUCCCAGCUCGAGGCUCUAACUAAGCAUCUACUCUCCCUUCCUCUCCCUCACACCCUUCCAAACAAGAAUGCCAAUACCGAUACCCUCCUCUACCGUGUGCACACUGCAACAUCUCAAUCCACCUAUUCUCGCUCCUACGGAUUCCGUUGCUCAGGCUGGAUAGACAGUCUCUACACAUCCGGCGUAACAGACGAAAGACAAGCCGACGGCCGCGCAUUCCAAUCCCAUUGCAACCGGGACAAGGUUCCCAGUCCCUACAUUUCCGUAUCCACAUCCAUUGCACGAAUUAUGAGAUUGCCCGAGUGCCACAAAGAGAAAGAAGCGGGAAGUCGUGUAUCCGUUAUCUCGCUGAAUCGACUUAGACAAUUGGGCAUCAAAGCACAGAGUACAAGUUUAUAUUUUGAUGAAUUUGUGUAUUCCUCAGGAGGGAAGAUUUCGAGGAAGAAUGGGGACAAGGAUCAUCUAUAUGAGGAUGGAGUGAGUUAUGUGACAGAGACUCAUUGGUUGGUAGAGGAAUGGAUACCGGAUCAGGCAAUUGUCAGUGAGAUGGAUUGUGAGGAGUUUUUUAAGAUAGCCGACAGAGGAGGGAUCAAUAGGGAGGUUGCCAGGAAGUACCCAUUCAAAACAGAAUUAGAGGCAAUGACAAUCGACUUGGAGAAGUGGCCUGAGAGAUAUCUGGGCGGGAAGAAGUAG